UAUUUAUACUGAGCAUCAGGAUCAACAGUUACUCUGCAUUGAACUAGUGCCAGAUAACAGAAACAAGAAAGUGUUAUCUAAAAGAGAGGCAACCAGACUUAGUAAUACAUUAUUAAUAGAUGCAAAAGCCUUUGAUACUAAACUGAAUAUCCAAAAUAAGAAAAAUGAAAACCAAAGCCAAAACUUUGAGCAGAAAAGCACAGACACACAAGAAAACAGUGCUCAGAGAGAUCUAACAGAUGCAACAG